GGCCUGCGAAACCUUUCUUCCUUGCCGUCGUCUCGUCACGAACUGCCACACUACGCUCGUCCAUUCGCGGAUAUGUCCCGAUUUUGACGACAACAUCCGCCCAAAUCGACUCGCCUCAUCAUGCCUCACAAACGAGCCAGCACGCACAAGCGUCUCGCCUCUCGGCAGGGCGCGAGCGACAAGGCUCCGGACGCCAAAGUUAUGCGAGGUCACUUGUCCGACGUGCCCAAGUCUGCCCUGAGAAUACUGCAGGCUGGCAAGGUGAGGGAGGAUUUCCGCAGCAAGAUGCACCUGCCAGGUAUGAGAAGGAGCGCAGAGGACGUUGGACCGAAAGCCAAAAGGGAAGCGCUCAAGCAGCAGCAAAAGCUCAAAGGGGAGGGACAUGAAAAGGCAUCAUCAGCAUCCACAUCAAACUUGACGCUGCGGGAAGGCGAAAAGCUGGGCGAUUUCAAUAGGAGAGUCGAAAUGGCCAUGGCGCCGAGAUUGCCAUCCAAGUCCAGCCGAAAGAGGAGGAAGCUGGCGGCUGAGAAACAGGCUGCGCUCGAUGCUGGUGCUCCACACGUGUGCAAGGAUCCGAGUAGGUGCUUGGUGCAUCAGCAAUUGGCACACAAAGCUCGUCUUGCUCGCGAGGAGAAUGAGGGUAGCCAGAGCAAGAGCGAGAAGAGGUUCGCGAAGCGCGAACCGGGCAAGGCGGAUUUGGCGCGAGCCAGGGCUUCGUUGGAAAAGGCUAGUGCGGGUAAAGGUGGCGCGUUGGCUCGAUCGAACAACGUUUCGGACGAAGAAGAAGAGUUGGACUUUGCACCUCGACCGCAAGGAAGGCGCUUGAACGACGUCGCUCAAGCACCACCCACACUCACAAGGGCUCCCCGGGGACACGGCGAAGCGGCAAAGGCGAGAAAGAGAAAGUUGGCGGAAGCGUUGGGAGCCAGCGUACCUGAAGUCGACGCUAGACAUGUCAGACUACCAGACCCCGUCGUUGGCAAGAGUCGAAGCGGCGUCAAUGUGAGGAGAGAGGAAGAGCUCGAAAAGGAACGAGAGAGGGCCAUCAAAGAGUACAGGAGGAUGAAGUUUGGGAGAGAAGAGAGGGGCAUGUGACGAAGCGAGGGGCAUGCGACGAAGCGAGGGGCAUGCGACGAAGCGAGGGGCAUGCGACGAAGCGAGGGGCAUCCGACACACAGCAGCCCCGCUGCACCGAAAUGCACAUGUACUUUUAUGCUCAGCGGCGUCGCUCAUUGUAAAGACGAGUGCCCGUGUUCAUGUCGCCUUUUCCC